GCCAUCGGUGAGAAUUUUGCUCAGUUUCACGCGGGAUUUCAUUCAGUUGCAAUCGUCCGAAAAAAUAGCUUAGCGUUUAACGUUAAAAUGACAUCGGUCUCCUUGCUCCCAGUGUUAACUAUAGUAGUGUUAAUUGUUAAUUUAGUGCCCAGUUCAUACCAGCAGCAAGAUAUAACUAAACUUCCGGAUAUCGAAGGUUACAAAUUUCACUGCAUCGAGGCCAGUGGCAUCACUGAGUCAUCGGCUAAAAAAUUGCAGAGUGGUGAAGAGAUUGUCAGCCCCGAUCAACCUACUAAGUGCUACGUGCAAUGCUUCUUCCAGCGGCUUCGGUUGAUGAACGAAAAGGGCGAAGUUCAAAAGGACAAAUUGACCCAAUUUCUGUCCAAAGUGCUGGAUGAAAGACAAGCUAAGGCUAUAAUCGAAAAGUGUAACGCAAGGCGGACCAAUCCGUGCGAUACGGCUUACGACAUGUUUAUUUGUUAUCGGAAGAAUAAAGCUAAGUUGUUCUAGCGACCGAACGAAAUCGUUUGGUUUUCAAUCGACGCAUGAAGCUGUUUAUGAAGGCGAGAUUUUUUUCCUUUGUAGUCGCAGAUUUAAACGUACAAUUAUUUCGUUAAUUAUUGCGAGAAUAAACAUGUAACCAAUUAGUA